UUCAGACCCAAAAGACUUCAUAUCUGCUUUUAUUUUGUUUUGGUCUCCACAUCCCAAGAAAACAAAAAGGAAAUUAGCACAAAGAUAGAGAAUGGAUCUUUCUGGUCACGAAGGAGAGAUCCCUAGUCCAAUAACAGCCAAAUUUUCUGGUGCUUAUGGUCACAGCCUCCCCAGUGACAGUCCCUCCCUCCACUCCUCAUCAGAUGGCCCUCCUCUUCCUCCUUUCUCCACAGCCCCUAUAGAAGAGCAGCAGGCCACCAUCCACAGCACCAAGAAAUUAGGAGGGGCUGUGGUGAGGUAUAGGGAAUGCCUCAAGAACCAUGCGGCCUCCAUUGGUGGGAAUGCCACUGACGGGUGUGGUGAGUUCAUGCCCAGUGGUGAGGAAGGCACCCUAGAGGCCCUCAAGUGCUCAGCCUGCAGCUGCCACAGGAACUUCCAUAGAAAAGAGAUUGAAGGUGAGUACCACCACCAUCACCUCAAGGAAAGAAACUUUGUGGGCCACAAGGGUGUCCUCAUCUCAAGGGCUGAGGGUUUUGGUUACUACAACAACCCAGCAAGCCACAGCCUCAUGCCAAGUCCAUUACCACACCAAAUGGUGAUGCCUUUGGGUGCUCUCCAGGCCUCAGAGCCAGAUCAGAUGGAGGGAGUGGGAGGGGCGAGAGCAGCUCAAAUGGUGAAGAAGAGGUUCAGGACCAAAUUCACUCCAGAACAGAAGGAGAAGAUGCUGAACUUUGCUCAUAGGAUUGGAUGGAGGCUCCAGAGGCAGGAGGAGGGCAUGGUGCAGCAGUUCUGCCAGGAGAUUGGGGUGAAGAGGAGAGUUCUAAAAGUUUGGAUGCACAACAACAAGCAUAGCUUGGCAAAGAAAGAGCUGCCCCCAGCUUGAGUGACCACUGAUUCCAGCUCCACUUUUUUUUCUUGCUCUCUUUGAUCUGGGUGGGGAGUUCAGCAAGCCUGAGAGAUGGGUACUCUAGCAGUGCUUUAGGUAUGGCUUUCCCCCUAGCGGACUGUAUGUAAAGAAGGGGGUAUAGGCCUCCAGCUGGAUCUUUAUUUUCAUGUUGUGGUGGUGUUCUUUCAUAUUCUAUUGAAGGUUAGGCUUCAAUUUCAUUUAUGUUUUGUUAGCUCCUAUUCUCCUUCUGUUUCUUUACUGGAAUUUGGACAUCUUUACUUAAAUUUCAUUUGUAAGCGC